AUGAGCGACGCAAAACGCCCAAUGUACACGGACGAUCCGGAGUCCCUUGAGACUAUGUUGGUACAGAUUUUGGCUACGCCUGCCGAGCCUAUUCUUGAGGAUGGCGACUUGAUCGUCUCUGUCGUCAACACAACUUCCUCCGAAAUCAACAACUUGUGCGUCUCGUCCGCCGUUCUGAAGAUCGCCUCGCCUGAAUUCGCGGCACUGAUGGCCAUCUCGGAGGCUGCUCGCGAACACAACGUCGUGCCUGUUGCAACGAACCGACCGUUGAACGUUGGUAUGCGGUGCAUCCUUUCGCUUCUUCACCACACCAAUACCGACGAGUACGAAACCAUCGACGCUCAACAGCUUUCGAACAUCGCCACCUGCCGAGAGAUCCACGAGAAGAUUGCCGCGGACUGCAACGCUGACGCCUGCGACAUUGGCGCCUUCCUGUUGGCCGCUACGAACUUCAAGACAGAUGCCGAAGUUGUCAAGAUGAGCAAGCUGGCAUGUCUGAAGUUGCCGGCUACGUUUGUCGAGAUGUGGUCGAACGACGAAGAUCUGGCCCAGAUCCCGCAGACGCUCGUGGCCAAGCUCACUAAUGAUAUGCAAGCUUCCUUGGGUGCCAUCACCAAAGCGCUCUUUUCGUUCGAAGAGCUUGCAAAAGCCCGGGGGGCUUAUGACACUCGUCAACAGCUCUGCCUUGGUUGCGGUCGACGACCCCCCGCCAAAGCCAAGAAGUGCAACCCUUGCCACAACCUAGACCUUCUACCCGAUGUCUGCACCACGGCUUCGCGCAUAGGAAACUACUUCCUUGCCCUUCAAAGACACGGUCUCUGGCCCCCUACGGUGUUGUUCAAGGAAGAGAUCUCGCCGUCGGACAUCAUCAAUCGCAUCGAAGAGAUGGCGCGAGACACCAAGCACACAUGCAACGGUGAAGGAAGAUGCCCCCUGGUCAUCUGCCUGGAGAAACUGCCUCAGACUAUCAAUGUCGCGGUGGCAGCUUUGGACGAGAUGUAG